AUGUCCAGGGAUUGGUUAGAAAGCAAUAAUAUAAGUUUUGUACCUAAGAAAAGAAAGGUUUACAACAACGGCUGGGAAGCCAAUUUAGAAGAACAAUUAAAAAGAACAAUUUACCAGACAGUUAGAGAAAUGGACGUGGACACCAUCCAAAGGCUGACGGGAUCGGUAGAGAUACAAGGAAACGAGAUCUAUGAGAACCCACACCCAGACAUAAUAAAAGUGGCGACGAGGAUGUUGGGAAGUGUGGAGCCGUAUAUUCCAGGCGAGAGUUUCCCUGAGUGGAGUGAGAGGUUGCAGCAGUUUUUUCUGCUGAAUGACGUUACCGAACCAAAAAAAGUAGCGUCUCUUUUAACGUUUAUCGGACCAGAGACGUACUCAAUAUUGAAGAAAUUGGUGUUCCCGGCAGAUCCGGCAGAGAGGAAGUACGUGGAGUUGGUGGAGGUAUUGAAGCAGCAUUUCGCACCAGAAAUAAAUGAGAUAGCGGAGAGGUACAAAUUCCACAGAGAAGACCAAGUAGAAAAUCAAACCAUUAGUGAGUACGUAGUACAGCUGAAGGCGAGGGCCCAAUCGUGCAAAUUUAGUGAAUUUUUAAAUGAAGCUCUGCGGGAUAGGCUAGUUUUUGGUGUGCGAAACAGUCAACUGAGAGCCAUUUUGUUGAAAGAACAGGGGUUGACCUUCGAAAAAGCGUGUUCGAUCGCCGUGAACUGGGAAAUGGCCGAAAAUCAAACACAAAAGGAAACUGUCUUUAAUCAAUUUCGCAUCAGAGAAGAUUCUUCAGGUAGACGUGGAACUGGAUCGUGGGAUCUGUGCGGAAGAUGCGGACGUAGGCAUGAUAGUCAAAAGUGUCCAGCUUUAGAAUGGAAAUGUCGCAAGUGCGGAAAGUUGGGUCAUAUAGCUAGAUGUUGCCUGACUAGAAGUAUAGGAAGAGAGCAAUUGAGUAGUAGUAGCGCUUCCAGAAGAAGAAGAGAUCCAGCAUCUACGGUUAUUCAAAGGAUGUCAGACGACAUGGAGUGUGACAGAGGUCAAGAACGAGACAUCGAACUGAAUAUAGUGCAGAACGAGAAAGUUCAGCCGGUGAAAGUCAACAUAGAAGUUGAAGGUAUUUGGUUACAAAUGGAAGUCGACUCAGGAGCAUGUGCGUCGGUAAUUAGUGAAGAUACGUAUCGAAAAAAAUUUUUGUCGUGUCCGGUGGUAAAAACAAAUGUUAAUCUUGUGUCUGUUACAGGGGAUAGGGUCUCCACUGUAGGAAAAAUUCUUGUCAAGGUUAGAAAGCUAGGUCAGGGAAAAGAGUUUCCCUUAGAAAUGUACAUUAUAUGCAGUAGUAAACCGGUAGUUCCGUUGUUAGGGCGCACCUGGAUGGAUUGUCUGUACCCAGAGUGGAGAAAUGCGUUAAAUGUUGUCAGUAAGGAGGAGUCAGUAGGUAGUAAUUUUAAUUUAAAUGAUAGAAAUAAAAUUGUAAAUGAAAUCAGAGUCAAAUACCCAAGAAUUUUCGGCGAGAAUUCAAAUUCAGUCAUUAAGCAGUUUAAAGCUGAUAUAGUUAUGCAGGAGAAUGCCAAACCAAUAUUUCAUAAAGCAUAUACAGUACCGUUCAAAUUGAAAGAAAAAGUAAGUCAGGAAUUAGAUAGAAUGCUAGAAGUGGGAAUUAUAAAACCUGUAUCUUUUAGUAGGUGGGCGUCCCCGAUUGUAAUUGUCCCUAAGAGUAAUAAUACCCUGCGCAUUUGUGUAGAUUGUAAGGUCACUAUUAACAAAUAUAUUAGGACACAGCAUUAUCCAUUGCCAAGGGUAGAUGAGAUAUUUGUUGGUUUAGGGGGAUGUAAAAUAUUUUGUGUAUUAGAUUUAUCAGGGGCGUAUCAGCAAUUAGAAUUAUCACAGGAAUCACAGGAGUACUUGACAAUUAACACCUGGAGAGGAUUGUUCAGAUAUACUAGGCUAACAUACGGUGUCGCGAGCGCGCCUUCUCAGUUCCAAAGCAUAAUGGAUCAAAUUUUGUCGGGAUUGCCAAACGUAGUUUGCUAUUUGGAUGAUAUACUUAUAGGAGGUUUUUCUUAUGAGGAUUGCCAGAAAAAAUUAGAGUUAGUGCUAAAACGUUUGAAUGAAUUCAAUGUUUGCAUCAAUAUAGAGAAAUGUAAGUUUUUUCAGCCUUCAGUUGAUUAUUUAGGUCAUACCAUAUCCUGUCAAGGAAUUAAGCCUCAAAAGGCAAAAGUGGAAGCUGUGCGAGAGGCUAGACCUCCUAAAAAUGUCUCUGAAUUACAAGCGUAUUUAGGAUUAUUAAACUAUUAUCAUAAAUUUUUGCCUAAUUUAAGUAGUGAAUUACAUGAAUUGUAUAAGCUGUUACGUAAAGGAGAAAAGUUUGUAUGGACAGCUAAGUGUCAAAAAGUUUUUGAUGAAAGUAAACGUCUGUUAGUCAAUAAUCAACUUUUGGAAAUAUAUGAUCCAAAUAAACCCAUAGUAAUUUGUGCAGAUGGGUCUCCGUAUGGGGUAGGUGCUGUGUUAUCACAGGUCGUAAAUGGUAAAGAGAAACCCGUGUUAUUUGCGUCAAGUUCAUUAUCGCCCGCAGAAAAGAAUUAUUCACAACUACAUCGCGAAGCUUUAGCGAUAGUGUUUGCAGUUAAAACGUUUCAUAAGUACAUUUAUGGGAAUAAGUUCACCUUAUGUUCCGAUAGUCAAGCUCUCCAAGAAAUAUUUAGUCCCAAUAAAAGUACAUCGGUGGUGGCGGCAUCACGGUUGCAAAGGUGGGCAGUGUUGUUAUCAAUGUAUGAGUAUGAAAUUAAGUAUCGUCCGUCUAAGCAAAUGUGUCAUGUCGACGCGUUAUCUAGAUUACCUUUGGAAGUACCCACGGGAGUAGAGAAUAUUUCUAUUAAUAGAUUAAGCAUAAUUAGUGAUUUUGAUAUUAGUACAGAGGAUAUUGCCAGAGCCGUACAAAAUGAUUCCUUAUUGAGACAAGUGUAUAAGUAUACAUGUGAAGGAUGGCCAAAAGAUAAAGUAUGCGAUCGGUUACAAUACUAUUAUAAGUUACGAAAUAGUAUUAGUACUCAGGAUAAAUGUUUAUUUUUCGGAGAUAGGUUAAUAGUGCCGACUUCGCAGGUAGAAAAUAUUUUAAAGAUUUUGCAUAAGGAUCAUGAGGGUAUAGUUCGUAUGAAACUAGCAGCAAGAAGUAUUUUUUGGUGGAAAAAUAUGACGGUAGACAUAGAAACGGUUGUAAAAAAUUGUGAUAUUUGUGAUCAAACAAGUAAUUUUAGAAAAGAACCGGUGGUAUCCGGUUGGAAACGUACAUCCAGACCACUAGAAAGAAUACAUAUAGAUUUUUUUCAUUUUCAGCAACAUACGUUUCUCAUCAUAGUUGAUGUAUAUAGCAAGUUCAUUGAUGUUCAUAUUAUGAAACGAACCAAUGUAGAGGAAUUGAUCAAAUAUUUGCAAAUUUUUUGUUCACGUUUUGGUUUGCCAUUCGAAAUUGUUAGUGAUAAUGGGCCGCCAUUUAAUUCGUGGAAGUUUGACUUGUUUGGGAAAGAAGAUAAUAUUAAAAUUACGAAAACACCACCUUACCAUAGUCAAUCGAAUACAUAUGCUGAGCGUAGCGUACAAAUAGUAAAAAAAUAUUUGUAUAAAUACUUAAUGGAUAGGCGGUUGUCAAAGUUUACGAUUGAUGAGAAAGUACUGAGGUUUACGUCUGCAUAUAAUAGUACACCAUCAUCGGUGACAAAAGAUUCACCCUAUGACAGGAUUUUUUCUUACAAAGUGAGAAAUGUCGCGAAUUCGUUAAAUCCUAGGUAUGGUAGUGUAAACAAUAGACUUAAAGAACAACAUGUAACUGUAAACGUAGGUAAUAAGCGUCAUUCGCCCGUAAGAGAGGUUCCUAAAUAUUGUAAAGGGGAAGAAGUGUUGUAUAGGAAUCACUUUAAAAGUUAUAUUAAGUGGUUACCAGCUGUUGUGGUUGGUCAAAGGAGUCCAGUCGUAUAUGUAAUUAAGCUAAGGGGUCAAGUUAGAACAGCACAUGUAAAUCAGUUGCGUUACCCUAGUAAACACAGUACCAUGUACUACGAUAAAUACGGUAAGAUACUAACGGAAACUAAUAAGGCUUUGGAAAGGCCAGGCGGCGAAGACGAAGUAGAGAUACUUUCACCAAGGGGGUUACUUAGAAGAUCCGAGCGUACGAGAAAGGCUCCUGAUAGGUUUACGUUUAGGUUAAGUCGUUAA